AAGGGAUGAAAAACAAACACGUCUCAAGUUAAGGGACCUCCAUCAAUCAAUUGUCGGCUCCGGCGCCGGCGAGAUGCUCCGGCGGCUCCUGGGCCGCAUCGCCGCCACCCCGGACUCCGCCGUCCCUUCUCUCCCCUUCCUCCACCGCGCCCUCCUCCUCCCCCUCCUCUCCGCCGCCGCCUCCGCCCUCCGCCUCCUCUCCCUCUACUACCGCCCGCGCCCCCGCGCCCUGCCCGUGCCCCUCGUCAGCGUCGGCAACCUCACCUGGGGCGGGAAUGGCAAGACCCCCAUGGUCGACUUCCUCGCCCGAAGCUUCCACCACAACGGCGUCUCCCCCCUCCUUCUCACCAGGGGUUAUGCCGGCGGCGAUGAGUCAAGGAUGCUCUGCCGCCGCCUCUCGGAUACCUCCGCUAAGAUUGCCGUCGGUGCCAAUCGGGCUGCCCUGGCUACUUCCAUGCUCACCAAAUAUGGCUAUUAUUAUCCCCAUCUCCAUCUCAAUGAUCCUCCAUCGCCUUCCGCUAAGAUUGGAGUCGCCAUACUAGACGAUGGGAUGCAGCACCGGAGCUUGUUUCGAGAUCUUGACAUUGUCAUGGUGAAUGCCUUGACACCUUGGGGGAACACACAUCUCAUUCCACGAGGACCCCUGAGGGAACCACUCACCGCACUCACCAGAGCUCAUAUUGUUGUUAUUCAUCAUGCUAACCUGGUCUCUGAAGCGCAACUUAAAACAAUUUUAUCCACAAUCCAGGACAAUGGCGCAACAUGUCCAGUGUUCUCAAGUAAAUUGGCACCAUCGCAUAUUUUUGAAGUCAACCAACCUGCACAGAGACUGCCUCUUCAUGUGUUGCAUAAUAUAAUCGUGCUAUGUGUUUCUGCCAUUGGCUGCCCAGAUGCUUUCAUUCAUUCAGUUAAAGAGAUUGGGCCUCUAAAAAUUGAAAGGUUGGAUUUCAGCGAUCACCAUUUCUUCCGUGCUCAUGACCUGCAGCUCAUCCAAGACACAUUGACGAAGCUUGUUCAUCAACACAAAAAUGAUGCUAUUGUCUUGGUUACAGAGAAGGAUUAUGACCGUGAUCCAGAUGCCCUUAGGACACUGGAUGCAAAGGUUUUGGUGUUGUCAUCUUGUCUGCAAAUUAUACCCCACGAGGCACAAGGAGAUGAUGAGUUUAUGAGGAAAGUGAGGGAGAUUAUUGCAACGAGUAGGAAUGCGAAAUUAGAGAGGGAGAUGGCGUAGCCGUGAGUUGCUGACCAUGUAGUUAGAACCAGCUGCAGGCAUUUUGAGCCAAAACUGUUUUAAUUGCCUUUAGUUUCUAUUACUGCUGCAUCUUGCUCAGGAUUGGCAGGUCAAUUCAGUUCUUGUUGCGGAAGAUGCAGUAUUUUCCAGUUUUACUUCUAUUGGAUCAAUGAAUUGAACCCCAAUUUAACCUGGACUGCAUCUAGGCUGCUAAUUUAGUAUCUGGUCCUGCUGUAUUCCUUUUGCCCUGCUUCCUAUUUUGAAGGCGAGGUCAAAAUGGUGGGUUGAUUUAUACCAUGAAGGAAAGCCAGGGCAGCAAUGGAGAAGGCUCUACCUCGAUCUCCUGCUGUCAGUGAAAUCCUCAGCUGGCCCACAGCAUGCUUGCCGGUUUAAUUAGUUUUAUGUUGGAAAUGUUACUAGUAGCUAGUAUAUGACCAUUAACAUUCAGCAGCUACACAUCCUAUAGAUGUCCACAUUGAGAGCAUUUAUGCAUGCUUCUGGACAUGACAAUUGGAGGUUGACAAUACUAUGAUAGUUUGAUGGUUGGGUGAAUACUUGUUUCAAUUUAAAUU